CAGCGCCGGGCCGGGCAGAUGACGCAGCGCUCGCGGCAGCGGCGGCGGCGGAGCGGGGCGGCCGGAGCCGCGCGGGGCGAUCUCUGUCCCGCGGCAGAAACCGCAGCCGCGGAGCAGCUGCCGCACCGGCGGCGCUGGCGGAGCGGGCAGGAGCGGGCCGAUGUCCCCUCCACAGCGGAGAGGGGCGCCGGCCGCGGUGGCUGUGCCGGCACCGCGCGGGGUCCGGCAGUGGCGGGAGCCGGCAGCUCCGAGGGGAAGGCAGCGGCGGAGAGCAAGGGGCAGAGAAAACUGCUGCUGUUCCGGAGGAGACCGCGGAAAUCGGGGAGGCGGGAGGAGAAGGCUUCCUUGCUGUAUUCCAGUGGAGGGGAUAUGAAGAAGCAGUCAUUGGGACCACCUCUGAUCCCCCCCAUAGGCAAGGUAGUAAGGCCCCCUCUUGGCAGUGCUGCAGGGUCUCUGCAAAGCUCUCCGCAGCUGGAAUUCCAGGAGUCCCAAGAGAGGAGGCCAAGAUACAGCAGCAGAAGCAAGGAGGAGAGCUCUGAACAUGCAGGUCUCCCACUGAGCCAGGCCAAGGAGAUGGAUCAUCACGCCGAUCCUUGUCUUACGAGUGACACAGACCUGAAGGAAGGUUUUGGAAAGAUCCGUGCUGCAUUGUGCACGUUGGCUCAAAAGAACUUAGAGCGGAAGGAUGCAGAGCUUUUGGAGAGAGAGACGAAGAAAAGGAGGCAAAGGAAAACAUCCUUGCAGCCUAUUCUGGAGACAGUUGAGCCCGGGGAUGAAGCUGAAGCAAGCUUUAGCCUACCACCUGUUGAUGGCACAGCUUCUAGAGUGCAGAGAAAACACCCUGGUAGUGCCUUGAAGAAGAAGGUCUUGAGGAAGCAGGACAAGGUGCCCUUACUGCCUAAUAGGCACAUCAUCCAUGGGGGUGACAGCUUCCCAUGCAGCUCCUCAGUGACCUUGCAGAUGGCCACUGGUGCCCAGUGCCGAGAGGAGCCACUCCGUGGGCAUGGGCAGAAGGACAGAGCCUCUCCAGACCCACAGCAGUCCUUGCUGGAGGCACUCUCCUUGCUGGGCAGCGAUGACUGGGAGAUGAAGGAGAAGGGACUCUACAACAUCAAACACCUGGCUGGGUCCCAUUCAGAGGUCCUGCUGUGUAGACUUCAUGACGUUUGCUUGGCAGUUACCAGCGAGGUGACCAACCUCCGUUCCAAGGUGUCCUACUCUACAAUUGUCACUCUGGGAAAGCUCUUUGUGACCUUGAAGAAGAACAUGGACUCUGAGGUGGAUGAGGUUGCUCGGGUCCUUCUGCAGACGGUGUCCAACUCCCCAGAGUUUGUUCAGAAAGCAGCCAGUCAGACCCUGGGGAUCAUGGUGGAGAAUGUGACUCCUGCACGAGCAAUGACUGCUCUCAUGGACAUGGGAGUCAAGAGCCGCCACGCCCAGGUGCGGAAGUGUGGGGCCGAGCUCCUCCUGUCCCUGAUGGAGAGAAUUGGAGUCACAAAGCUGGCAGGCACAGCCAGGGCUGAGAGGCUGGCACACGUGGCAGGGAAGCUUGCUCAGGACUGUUACCAGGACACAAGGUAUUUUGGACAGGAGAUGGUGAAGAUGUUGCUCAAUCAUCAAAAAUUUAAAAUGCUUUUGGAACAGUCUCUUUCCACCCAUGACCUGGAAGAUAUUCUGACAAGAAUUAAGAAGAAAGGGAUGGAAAACCAGAAGGCUGAACGCCCAUCUGUCAAGGAGCUGGUGAAGAAGAGGAACGAUGGCUCCAAGAAGCCCCAGGCCACAUUGUCUUCUAGUAAACGAGUGAAAUCUACCUCUGAUGGACGCCUCCUACACCGUGCACAAGCCCAGGUCACGUUACCUCCAGCUGAGGAAGAAACGGAGCUGCUCCAGAAGCUUUACAAUCUCCUGGAAGCCAAGGGGUUUCAGACACGCAUGGAAGGAGUGUCACUCUUCCAAGACCUAUGCAAAACCAGCCCCCAGCUCAUCUCCACUAACAUUGUCCAGUGUAUUUUUGAUUAUUUUGUCCUGAGAAUAUCUGACAGCCACAAGAAAGUGAAGCAGAGGGCGCUGGAUGUGCUGGCUGAAGUCACAGGCAUCCUGAAAGAUGCCUUGAACCCGGUGAUCAUUGGUUUGGUUGAAGGAAUAACGAAGAACCUGAACUCCAAAGAUCCCAGGAUUCGUGCUGCAGCUGUGAAAGCACUGGAAGAAUCCAUUGCUCAUUUAGGUAAGGCUGAGCCCUGGCAUGGACUCUCCUCACCUGUGUCUCUGUCUGUCCAACACAAGAGAACGCUGAGUGCCUUGGUAGCUGCUGUUGUCUGUGGAAAGCUCCAGCUGGCAUCCACCAGAAGCUGUGCAGGUGCAAUCCUUAUGCAUCAGUCCCCCAACAGGCUUGAACGUGAUCAGCAUUUCCCAAAAGUCCCAGGAGCCCUUGGCUCUGUGCUGCCUGUCUGAAGAGCAAGUGCCAGACUACAGCUUUGCUACAGUUCAGAGGCAAAGGGGGUUUGGAGUUUGCUUGGGCCCUCCAAACCCUUGGGUUUGGAGUUUGCUUGGUCCCUUCAUGUUGGCAUGAAGGGACACUGACCCAUUA